AUGCCCUAUCCUCUUCCUCGGUGUACCAUCCUCAGCGAGGACGGCUCCGAUUCGUCGCCACCACCGCGAAGAAGAAGAAGAACCCUUGGCUCGACCCCUUCCACUGCGGAGAGGACCCCUACAUCGAGUACGGAUCCCUCUUCGCCGAUGGAAAGCAGGAGGAGGACCCUCGCCCUCCCGACAACCACACCAACCCCUACGGUUUCCUCAAGUUUCCCAUGGGAUUCAACGUCGAGCUCGCCUCGCUCGCCUCCAAGGUCCGCGGCGACGUGCGCCUCUGCUGCUGCAUCAUCUUCGGCGGAGUCUACAAGAACCUCCUCUUCUUCCUCGUGA